AAUUCACCAUGGACAGAAAUACUCGAGAGAGUGACAGAGCGCGUGUGUUGUAAAGCCCGUGAAUAUCGUGUGUUGCGCUCUGUGUUGUGUUGCCGAGUGGGCGCAAACUAACGGUUUCUUGACAGAGGUGCUUGCUGCUCUGCUCAGCUGCAUUGCAAACUCUUGCUAUUGAACAAGAGAGAAAGAGAGAGAGAGAAAGUCGCCGAAAGCCGCUGUGCUCUGCACGCGCAAAGUAACGGCUCUUUGACAACUUUGUCUCUUCGUGCGCAAUGGACCUAAUGCAUUUGCAUUGUGGCCAACAAAUGCUGCUCAGCGAAUUUACAAUUAUCCUGCAGUGUGGCAACACUUUUCGAUAUACAUACAUAGGUAAAUACAUAAUUGUUUGUCCAGCUUAUAAUUGAGGUUAGAAAACUGUCAAAGCGCUUGUCAAACGAGAUUUUCAUUCGAUCCAUUUUGCAAGUUAUUCUGGCAAAGACAAAAUUUGACUUUGUUAAAGAAAAAAUAAAUCCUUAUCGAAAACUCAUCGAACAACUUGCAGAAAAACCAAAGUUUCUUUCACAUUGUUGCAGAUAUGGUUUGGCCAUCUGGAAAUGAUCCAUUGCCAGCAAAUGGCAAUCGUAAGCGUCUUGCCAAUAACAAUCAACCCGUUCUGAUUGUAGAUCUAUCUUAUAAUCCACGUCGUCGCUCCGCUGGCGCACUUGAGCCGGACCGCAUGCAUCGCCCAUUGCCGACAUUCGCCAAUCUCCCUGAAGACGAUAACGAUGCUCCAGAGCCAGCACCGGCACCAGCUCCGGCCCCGGCACCAGCUCCCGCCCCGGCACCGGCUCCUGGACCGCCGCCCGCACCGGCCGCUGCUCCCGCUCCUGCUACUGAUCCGGCUCCAGCUCCGCCUAUCGCUUCCGUUUUUGCCACGCCUUUGGCUCGCGCUUUGGAUGCUUGUUCUGCACCGGCUCCCAGCCUAGCAUCGGCUCUCCAUCCAGCCUCAGGACUAUCUGCAGGACCCGCCUCAACUGCCGCAUGCACUUUGGAUCCCCCUUGCGCCUCGGCUCCACAGCGCCAUGAUCAAAAUAAGCCAAGAGGUCGCGACAUCACCGCCAGCGAUUACGGCGACGAGCCGUCACACAAGUGUCCCAUUUGCCUGGAGAGCGUGUCCGGCCGCCAGCCGGCGACGACCUCGUGUGGGCACGUCUUCUGCUAUCCCUGCAUCCUGGCGGUGGUGCGCGUCAGCCGCAAGUGCCCCGUCUGCAGCUAUACAUUGGCCACUCGUCGCUCAAUUAAGCGAAUAUACAUCUGAGCCGUCGUGUCCUCGAGCAGUUGGAGAGUAAAUGAAAAAACAUCAUACAACAAAUAUUUCAACAGCUUCAACUAUUUGGCGGCUGUUGUACUAAAUAAAUAACAUGCUCUCCGGAGAGUCUAAACACGA